UCCUAUCAACACAUUUUCUCUUCCCCUGUAAAACCCUAGAUAAACCCUAAUAGUCACACCGUCCCUUCAAAUAUGGCCAAAAAGAAAGUCUCUCAAUCUCACGACCCCAAAGAAUCCCAAAACGUAAAGCAACCCUUGCCAAUGGCUACUCCAACCGAUGGCUCCUCAGAACUGCAGAUUCAGAACCUCAAAAACCUCAACGCCGUCCUUCUCAAGGAGACCACCCAACGCCGCCAGCAGAUUCACUCUCUCCAGUCCGCGCUCCAGCAAUCCGCCGUCACCUACGACACCAACCUCGCCUUUGACGUCCAAAACGCUGUCGUUUCUGUCUUCUUCAAAAACCAGCUCGAGGAAAUGAACCUUCGCUUCGACACGCUCGUCGGAGAGAAGGACUACGAGGUUGCGGUUCUCAAGCGCCAGCUCAAUGACCUCGCCGCCCGUCUCGAGAACGAAACCAGUUCUCUCGUUAAAGAGCGUGACGGACUCGUUCGCGAGACGAAGCGGCUGGAGGAGUGCUUUGACAGAGAGAGGAAGCUUCGGGAUGAAGCGGAGACGGCUAGGUCUGAAGGCGAAAAGGUUUUGUCUCGGAAACAGAGAGACAUUGCGGAACUUGAAACGGAGAGAGAUUUCGCGGUGAAGAGUUCUCAGGAGUCGCUUAGUUUUAUUGAAACGCUGAGGGAGGAGAUUGAAGCGGUGACUAGGGACAAGAGUGAGAUUCAAAGCCGAAACAAUGCCCUAGAGAACAAAAUCGGUUAUCUGGAAAAUGAGUUGAAGCGACUCAACCAGUCUACGAAGAAGGACGAGGAGAUUACUCGUACAAAGAUUCUCGAACUGGAAGGUAACCUUGGCCUUGCGUUGCAGAAGGAAGAGGAGAUGAAAGUGGAGAUAAGUGCUCUUCUCAAGGAGAAGAAGGAGGUGGAAAAGAGCGUUGAAACGUUAACAGAGGAAAAAGAUGGUGUUCGUAAGGCUUUGAAUGUUCUUCAGAAGGAGUUAGAGGAUAAGCAGCACGAGCUUGAUGAAGCUGUUAGAGUGAGGAGUGAGAUCGAGGAGGUCAAGGGCAAUCUCGAGAAUGAAAUUGUUGAGUUGCUAGGGAAAGUGGAUGAGUUGAAAGAGUCUUGGGAAAAGUCUGAAGAGGAAAACAAAGAGUUGGUUUCGCAGGUUAAGCAUUAUAGAAAUGCUGUCGAUGAAGCUGUGCUUGAGAAGGAAAGCAUCAAGAAGGUGUUUGAUGGGGAGAAAAAGAAAGUGGAGAAUUUGCAGUUGCAGAUUGCAGGGAUAGAGAAAGUGGUUGCGAAGAGCAAUGCUGAAUUGGGACAGGUGAGAAGCGAAAGAGACAAGCUAGUUGAGAAGGAAAAGAAGCUGGAAGGCAAAGUGAGUGUUUUGAGGAAGGAAAAUGAAUCAUUGCAGGGUAUGCUCGCCGAGGCUCGAAAGGAAUCCAAGGAUUUGAAUGCCAAGGUUGAAGUUUGGUGCAGCAAUUCAAACAAAGCACUGGCAUUGUUGAAGACUACUGCUGCUGCACUUGUGUAUCAACACAAGGAAAGGGGUGGUGAGGAAGUGGCGUCCAAUGGGAAUCAUGUGGAGGAAAUUCAGCCAUAUGCUCAGGAACUUGAUGCAAUAAAGAAGGCAUUCAAAAGCAAGGAUGAGAUGGUGGAUGACAUGAAGCAACAACUUGUUUCACUCAACAAAUCUGUGGCUGAGGCACACAAGAGUAAGAGCUUGUGGACUAUGAUAUCCUCUGCAACUACAAUUUUUGCUGCUGUCUUAGCUGCUUAUGUUGCUAGAGGACGCUGAAGUUGAGCCUUUUGUGCUUUUUUACUUAUAUGAAAUGAAUGACUUACUUAUGGUAAUAGGAUCAAGAUAUAUGCCAUUUAUAAUUUGAACUAGUUGAGCUAUGUCUAUCUUGAUCCUUAUUAGAGAAUAACAUUUUGAUCUGUAUUGAGCUUAAAACUUGAAGAAGAAAUAUGCAAGCUAAUUAUCUAUAAUUAAUGCUAUGCUGUUUGGUGUUAACAUCUGUGUGUUUCGAGAUAGUUACAAAGCAGAAGAAAGAAAAUGUUGUUUUUGUCGAAA